UUGAUUGUGUUAUUUCACUCACUAGGAUCACAGGCACUUCUUCUAGGUCUUGCUCCACCCGGAACCAACUCACAGCGCAGCGACUGAUUGAGCAUGGCCUCCUCCGAACGAUACCAGCUCCUGGCCAGUGAGCUGUCUUACUUCUCCGGCAAGAUCCGGCCGUACCUGCGGUACAAGAACAUUCCGUUCGACUCGGUCGUUUCCACAGAGGAGAUAUACGAAAAGGUCAUCUUCCCCCGGGUGGGGUGCAACGUCGUGCCCGUGGUCAUCACGCCGGACAACAAGGUUCUGCAGGACACUACCGCGAUGAUCGAGUACAUCGAACGGAAUCAUCCGGAACCCUCCGUGCUGCCCACAACCCCCAUACAGACCCUCGUGUCCAUGCUAUUGGAGCUGUACGCGGAUGAAUGGUUGUUGAUACCCGCCAUGCAUUACAGGUGGUCGUUUAUGGAGCAGAGGAAGUUCGUGGACCUGCAGUUCGGCCGGGCGGCGGCACCGACUUCCCCGCCCCUGGAGCAAAUGAACAAUCCCGAGAGAUUUGGGUCGUAUGAGAACUUCAAGAAUUCUCUCCAAGUGCUGGGAGUGAACGAAGAAACUGUUCCAGAGAUCGAGAGGUCUUACAAGGAGUUCCUGGACGACUUUCAGACUCACCUGUCUCGGUACCCUUACCUGCUUGGUGACAAGCCCUGCGUGGCAGACUUCGCCUUCUGUGGACCUCUGUACCCGCACCUGUACAGGGAUCCCGUACCGGGUUUCCUGAUGCGGUGCCGGGCUCCCGUGGUGGCGUGCUGGAUUGAGACGAUGAUCGGCGUGCUGCAGGAGUCUCCCGCCGAUGUCUACACGGUUGUGGACGGCAGGGCAGUGAAAGUCCCGCCGCCCAAGGUGCAGCCGGGGUUCCUGCCGAACGACGAGAUCCCGGAGACGCUGUUCCCCAUCCUACAGCGGAUGUUCACGGAGCAAGGCCCGGUGCUGCUGGACACCCUCCAGAAAUUCAAGGAGUACAUCAAGGAGUCAGGAGACGACACGGACAUGAUGCGGGUCAUCGGAGCUCACGACUUUCGGCUGGGUGACGUCACCAGUGUGCGCGGCAUGUUCGUGUACCCGCUGUGGAUGCUGCAGAGGAUCACGGACUACUACUCCGGCCUGUCCCCGGGACAGCGGAGGGAGGUGGACGCGUUCCUGGACCGGUUUCAGGGCGGCAAGGAGCUGGUGAAGGCCGACAUGUCGCAGUGCAGGGUGGAGAGGAAGACUGUGGGCGUCACGCUCGCGAAAUCAGGCAGCUCCAAGUUAUAAUCCGUCCACGUUAUAGGCCCCCUUUCCACUAGACGGCGAUCGCGC